AUGUCGACCAUAACUUUAACUAAAGAAUCACAUGAGAGCCCAACCAAGUUUAGAGCCAAGUACGACGAUGAACUUAUUGCAUUGGGUAUAGCAACAGGUAAACCCAUCGACUCUUCUUUACCCACAAUUCACACGUCCUCCAAAAUUGCCAUUGUUGGGGCUGGUUUUGGUGGGAUUGGAGCGGCAAUAAAGACAAUCGAAGAAUUGAAGGAGACUGAUUUCGUAAUAUUUGACAAGCAUGAAAAUUUUGGUGGCACUUGGUGGGCCAACACUUAUCCUGGUUGCGCAUCAGACAUACCAGCCAUUUGGUACAGUUUUUCACAUUCAUUGGCAACAAAUUGGAGUAAAGUGCAGCCCCCACAAUACGAAAUGGAGGAAUAUUUAUUGAGAAUAGUUGACGAAUACAAUUUGAAAGAAAAGGCUAGAUUCAAAACAUCAGUUGAUUUAUUUGACUACAAUGAAAAGACUGGCUUGUGGACAUUGAGCUCACAUGAUCUCAAGACGGGGCAAAAGAUUGAACAUACUUGUAAAUUGGUUGUGUCAUGUCGUGGUGGGUUGGUUCUUCCACGUAAUCUUGAUACACCUGGGCUUGACAGCUUUGGUGGCAAAUACAUGCACUCGGCAGUAUGGGAUCAUUCAGUUGAUUUUAAAGGUAAAGAUGUUGUUGUUGUUGGCAAUGGGUGCUCAGCUGUUCAAGUUGUCCCGGCUUUGCUAAAUGAUCCGCAAUAUAACGUUGGCUCUUUAACUCAAGUUUUUCGCUCAAAGCACUAUAUCAUGCCACCAGUCCCCUCUUUUCUACUCAAGCUUUAUCAUUUGAUGAGUUUCCACUAUUAUGGUUUAAUGUUGGUGCGUUGGUUUUUGGUCUUUGUUUCCGAAAUUAGAUUCCCCUUGUUCAAAGGCGAUGGUUUCUUCGCUAGAUUUUUUAGAAAACGAUUAACCCAACGGUCUGUUGAUUAUAUUCAUCUGACAGCACCCAAGCAAUAUUGGGAUAUGCUAAUGCCAAAUUUCAAGGUUGGGUGCAAAAGAAUGAUUCUCGAUUAUCAAUAUGUUCCAACAUUGCAUGACCCACGUCUCACCCUCGCUUACUCGGGUAUUAAGGAAGUAGUCAAAGAUGGUGUUGUUUUGGAUGACGGUAAGUUCGUGAAAGCGGAUAUAAUCGUUGCUUGUACCGGGUAUGAUCUUCACAAAUCAGGUAAAUUGCCAGCCAAAACCACAACUGGAGUCACCGUAUCAGAUUUAUGGGCAAAUGAAGGUACAACUGCAUAUCGUACCAUUUUGGUCAAGGACGUCCCCAAUUUGUUUCUAAUUGGUGGACCAAACAGCGGAACUGGCCAUUCAUCAGUGGUUAUGGCGCUUGAAAAUGCCAUUGAUUACUACAUCAAAGUUGCCAAACCUGUAAUCAAGGGUGAAAAAAAAUCAGUCGUGGUGAAACCAGAAGCAUAUAAUAGCUGGAGAGUGACAAUUCAAAAUGAGUUGAAAAAGAGUGUGUUUGGUACCAAGUUUGGUGGUUGUGUUUCUUGGUAUAGCAAUGAAAGAGAAAACCCAACAGCGUUUGCUUGGAGUCAAGUGUAUUAUUGGUACAUCACUCACUUCCCCAAUUAUAAAGACUUGAUUUAUGAAAAUUACAAGAAGAAAGCGGAUUAG